GCAAAAAUACAAAAAACAUACAACAGCCGGUGUUCGCUGGUGGUCACCCACCCAACUACUAAUCUGCCGGUUAGUGGCUUAUCUAUGGGGGAGCAGACGGGACCCCGAGUUUUCCACUACCUAUGGUCGUAUGUGCUAGAAAAUAGCUCAGUUGGGUAUAUAUCAGGGAGGUGGGAAGUUAAAAUUUGCACUCAUGGAAAUAUCCUCUACAAACUGCAGCAUAGUCUAUAUAGCUACCAAGAACUGAUAUACACCUUUUUACGUAUGCCGAUGUCUUUGAUGAUUGUAGUACAAAGGCCGUAUCUUACAUACGACUGUGAUGCAAGUUUUUUUAGAUAUUGGGAGCAAGACAGCGUUUGGUUCAGUAUGCCGCCUUCAUCACUGCCAUGGCACUCGCUCACAUCGUCUGCAGUAUGUUUGUGA